AUGCCGGGCGGAGCCUGGGCAAGGCUGGUGACCGCGCUGAUGCUCCUGGUCCUGGGAGAAGGCCAGCAAGCUCAGGAGUGUUUUCCUGGGGGCCACCAGUUUCUUCAGAGUCCUUACAGAAGUGUCCACUUUGACUCAGUGUACCUCCAACAGUCAGCUGCUCAAGACCUGAUCUGUGACCAUUCUCUCACCCCUGGAUGGUAUCGGUUUCUCCUCUUUGACAGACGUGCUGAGAUGCCUACCAAAUGUGUUGAGAUGAACCACUGUGGAACUCAGGCCCCCAUCUGGCUGUCUCUGAGUGGUUCAGAAACACUGCCUCUUCCUGGAGAAAUGAAGAAACUGACAGCCUGUGCCACGUGGCAGUUUUUGCUUAGCACUGAAGAAGAUUGCUGCCUCUUUCAAUUCCCCGUGUCCGUAAGAAACUGUGGGGACUUUUUUGUGUACUUGCUACAGCCUACUCAGGGAUGUAUGGGUUACUGUGCUGAAGCUAUUUCUGAUAUGAAGUUAGACUCUUGUGGCCCUGGAGAAAUAGAAACUGGAAGUGGCUGUAUAGGCCAGCUUUCCAUGGUACCACCUCCUCCGCCCCCUCUGCUUCUGCCACCUCCUGGCAGGCCAAAGGUCACAGUAGAGAGUUUUGGCUCCAGAGUGUUUUGUAGGUGUGCUUUUGAUGUUUUCCCAACAAACACCUCAGUAGGAUUUCUUAUAGCUUGGGCUAGGCUUUCCUUCCAAGGAAUCAGAGAAGAGCUGAAACAAGAGAGCACUGUCCAGGCAUUCUCGCUUUUAGAACUUGAUGGCAUAAAUCUUAGACUUGGAGAUCGGGUAUUCUGCAGUGCUUCCAUCUUUUUCUUGGAGAAACCGGAUGUCCAAAGUAUAGCUGUUGAAAGCCAGGAAUUUUUUGCAGGAAUUAAGUUACAACCUGAACUGAGCCCUAUAUUAGAAGACGGAAAGGAAUACGAGCUGAGGAUAGAGAGCACAGUUCCUGUCAUUUGCUCUGAAUUUACUGAGCUCGAUCAAGGAUGCAAAAUCUCAUUGAAACUGAAAACCAUCGAACAAGGUGAAGAACACCUAGGUUUAAAUUUGGCAUUGUCUUCCUGCCAUGUGGACCUUCACCAGAGUUCUUGCGCCAACGGAAUAUGUAGCCAUGCUGUAGUGUACUACACUGCUGUGACAGACUUUUCCCGGGAUGGAGAGAGAAUCACAGACAUCAUUGUGGAGCCUAUAGUUAAUGAUGUUUACCUGUGGGACAGAUACACUCCAGACAGCAUCCAGAUCAAAGUCAAGGAUGUCCCAUCUGCUUACUGCUAUUCAUUUACCGACCCCCACAUAAUUACUUUUGAUGGCAGGGUAUAUGAUAACUUCAAGACUGGAACAUUUGUGCUUUACAAAAGUAUGUCACGUGAUUUUGAAAUUCAUGUACGCCAGUGGGAUUGUGGGAGCCUUCACCAUCCUGUGUCAUGUAACUGUGGUUUUGUUGCACAAGAAGAAGGUGACAUUGCUACCUUUGAUAUGUGCAGUGGCCAGUUACAUAAAUCACCACCAUAUUUAUCUGUAAAAAGCCAAGAUUCAUCAUCAAGCAAUGUCAGAGUAACUGAAUCUUAUUUAGGAAGAAAAAUCACGAUUUGGUUUUCCUCUGGAGCAUUCAUCCGGGCUGACCUCAGUGAGCGGGGAGUGAGCAUAACGCUGAGAGUCCCUAGUUUAGACUACAGAAGCACAUUGGGGCUUUGUGGUACCUUCGAUGAAAACCCAGAAAAUGAUUUCCAUGACAAGAAUGGCAUCAAAAUUGAUCACAAUAUCAACAACCAUCUUGCUUUUAUCAACGAAUGGAGGCUUUUGCCAGGAAGCAGUAUGUUUGACAAAACACCAGGUUCCCCACAGUUUCCAUCGAAACCAUCCUACUGUGGCUGCUGGUUGGGUACCGCCUUGCAGCAUCUGCUUUCUAACCAUCUGGACAGCGGAUCUCACUUAGACAUGGCUUCUAGCUGCAAAGACAUCAAGCACACGCAGUUCUCUUCCUUGAUACCAUACCUAGAUAUCACCUCUGAAUACAUCCAUUCAGAAGCUCUCGUUGGAGAAACAAGCACUCAUGUACCCGAGGAAGAAAAUAAUUUGAAUAUCUUACUACAAGAAAAUGCCCACAUAAACCUAACAAAACUGGAGUUAAAUUUACAGCACUUUGGGCAUGAGACACAAAAUCCAUCUAAACGUUUGAGCAACGAGAGGCACGCACAGGACCAGGAAAUGAGGAGGAAUCUACCAAACAGAUGGAAAGGACAAAACGUAAAGGGCUUUCUUCCCGUAGUUACUGUGCAGAGUCUCGGACAAGCCAACCUGGAAGAGUUUUCUUACUUUUUCCCUGAGGACCACACUGAGGACAGGCAGCAGGAGUUUUAUCCAUCGUGGCCCACAGCAUCUGGCCUCACUGAACUCAGUACCUUGGCUCUCUGUGAGCAGACUGUAGCUAACUCCAGCAUUGGAAGGCUCUGUCUUCCCUUUCUUGGCAGGACACUAAGCCACGUGGUGGACAUGUGUGUGAAGGAUGUUCUGUUAAAGGACGACGUGAGCUGGGCAGAAGCAGGAGUGGCCCUGUUAGAAAAUGAGUGUGAGAGGCGGGUUUUAGAGGAAGGAAAACACAAUGUCGAAGAAUACAGGAAGUCAAUAGAGGGCAUUCUCCAAGUGUUAAGAUGCCCCAAUUUAUGCAGCGGACAUGGGCAGUGUAUGGACUGGGGCUGUGUAUGUUUCCCAGGCUACCGUUUCUAUGACUGCAGUGAUUCAUAUGAUAUAGCUCCUGAAAUUACAGAGCUUGAGAAUGCUGGAUUCUGCGAUAUUCAGAGGCAAAAUUGUGUCACAGUGAGAGUUUUUGGUCAAGGCUUCAAAGAUUCAUCGUCCAUCAAGUGUGAAAUCACUAAACUGGAGUAUAGUGACAGUCAAUGGGUGCUUGGAGCAAGUGUCUACACACAGACAGUCUUUCAAAACAGCAGAGUGGUUGACUGUCAGCUGCUCAUAGAUGGCCAGCAUUAUGAUGCCAUGGAUCUGAUGGCGGAGAAACCUUUGGCAAAGUUACAAUUAAAGGUAUCUAAUGAUGGCUAUGUAUUCAGUAAUCCCAAGAUAAUGACCAUAUAUGAUGGUGCUUGUCAAAUCUGUGGUCCCUACGAAAAUGACUCAUGCACUGUGAAGGAUAAUGUUUGUGUCAUUGAUGGUCUCUGCUACACUGAAGGCGAUAAAAAUCCUACCAGUUCUUGUUUGAUUUGUAGACCUCAAGUUUCAAAUUCUACAUGGUCAUCUUUAGACAAUAACCAGCCUCCCGUGAUUCAAACACUUCAAGACAACUUACAGGCAUUUUAUGGGGAAGACUUUGAAUAUCAGUUCAUGGCCUGGGAUCUGGAGGGCUCUGAGAUACAUUUUACACUGGAUUCUGGUCCUGAUGGAGCAAGCGUUUCUUCUGAAGGACUUCUUACAUGGAAAACCAAGUCAAAGACUCCUCAGAAUUUCACUCUCCGUCUUAUGGAUGACUGUGAGGCUGAAAGCAGAGUCACAAUGCAGGUGACUGUGAAGUCUUGUGACUGCUUGAAUGGUGGAUCAUGUGUAUCUGAUAGAAAAUUCCCUGCAGGAAGUGGGGCAUACCGGUGUCUCUGCUUGCCUGGUUUCCAUGGUGGUCUUUGUGAAGUUGAUGCCAGUGGGUGCCAGUCAAACCCUUGUGGCCUUGGCAAAUGCAUUAGCAGCUUACACAGUUACUCCUGUGACUGCCCUCCAGAGCUCACAGGCAAGAACUGUGAGAAAGACGUUGAUGAGUGUGAAUCUUGGCCUUGUUUCCCUGGUGUGGAGUGCCUCAAUAUCUUUGGCUCCUAUCACUGUGGCUCAUGUCCAAAAGGAUUUCAUGGUGAUGGAAAAAUAUGUCAUGAUUUGAGCUUUCAACCAUCAUCAAAGGAGCGUUUACUAAUGAGUCCAAGCUUCACCCAGAGUCCUACAACAACUUUCAAAGAGUUCUUAAAAUCAAUAGGCACCCCUCACUUGUCAGUAAAAUCAGUUACAACUCAAAUGGAUUAUACAAGAAAAGGUGUUUCUCAUGAGACACCAGCUUAUGAGUUUGUAGAUCAUGUUCUCAAUACAAAUCUUACUGUUGAUGAGCUAGAAACUUCUGCACACAAUGGUAGAUAUUUAAAGAUCAAUCCUAAUAGUCCUUUUGGUCAUGUAAGAGAUGCUGUGCAGAGCACUGUUCAAACUGAGAUGGGUGGACACAGUGCUCACAUUAGCAAACCGAUCCAAAAUUUUGCUGGACAUGAAUUUGCAUCAUUGACUACUACAGCAACCACUGUACCACCAGAAAAGCUUGGAUCAACAAAAAAAUCAAAUUGCACAGAAUCGUCUUGUUUCCUGGGUGUUUCCUGUGUGCCAGCCACAGGUGGUCACUUCAAGUGUGGACGCUGCCCCUUUGGGUAUUAUGGAGACGGUAUCAAUUGCAGAGCAUUUUGCAGACACUCAUGUGGAAGAAACAGGGAAUGUGUUGGCCCAAACAUAUGCAAAUGUAAACCUGGUUACUCUGGUUCCAGCUGCCAAACUGCCAUCUGUCACCCUGUUUGCAAAAACCAUGGAAAAUGCAUUAAGCCCAACAUCUGUGAAUGUCCUCCCGGGCAUGGUGGAGCAACCUGCAGUGAAGAGCACUGUAGCCCCCCUUGCCAACAUGGAGGCACAUGCUUGCCAGGCAAUUUCUGCACUUGUGCUUAUGGUUUUGUAGGACCAAGGUGUGAAACAAUGGUCUGUAACAGGCACUGUGAAAAUGGAGGUGAAUGUGUUGAACCAGAUAUCUGCCAGUGCAAGCCUGGCUGGUACGGACCCACCUGCAGUACAGCUCUAUGUGAUCCCAUUUGCUUCAACGGCGGUUCCUGCUAUAAGCCAAACUCUUGCCUCUGCCCUGAUGGAUUCUUCGGUACACAUUGUCAGAAUGCUCUCUGUCACCCUCCCUGUAAGAAUGGUGGCCUCUGCAUGAGAAAUAAUGUGUGCACCUGUCGUGGUGGGUACACCGGAAAGAGAUGCCAAACAAGCAUCUGUGAGCCUACCUGCGUGAAUGGAGGAAAAUGUGUGGGUCCGAAUAUUUGCUCCUGUGCUUCUGGUUGGAGUGGGAAACGGUGUAACACACCAAUCUGCCUUCAGAAGUGUAAAAAUGGUGGUGAAUGCAUAGCUCCAAGCACGUGUCACUGCCCUUCCACCUGGGAAGGGGUGCAGUGUGAGAAACCCAUUUGUACUCAGAAAUGUCUUUACGGAGGAAGAUGUGCAUCUCCUGGUGUAUGUUCUUGCCGCACUGGAUACUCCGGAGUCAAAUGUGAAAAGAAGAUACAGAUGAAACGCCAUUAAGAAACAUGGACUAUUUAAAAGUCUCUAUCAUUAGAAAUGAAACUUUAUUCAGAAAGAAUUGAAGAUAAAUUUUGAAGUUUAUUUCAACAUUUCAUAAAAAUUUUAUAAAGACCAAAGAAACUAGUAAAAUAUGGAAUGAUCUACAUUGUCGGUUUUAGAGAAAAGCAAAAACUCUAAGUAAUUGGAAUUUGACUUUGAACUGUUGUUUGAUAUUUAUGUAUGAAGCUGAUAUUCCUGAUAGUUCACUGUAUUUGAAAAUUUGUGUUUUUCUCAGUUCCAGCUGUGACUAUGCCAGUAUCAGAGGUCACUCAAA